AUGGGCGAUUUUGUCGAUUGCGGAUAUUAUAGUUUAGAAACAUUAACACAAUUAUUAGCAUUCAAAGCAAAAUGGCCAAAUCGUUUAACGUUAUUACGAGAAAAUCAUGAAAGUAGGCAAGUGACACAAGUCUAUGGUUUCUAUGAUGAAUGUAUGAAAAAAUAUAGAAAUGGAAAUUUAUGGAGAUUUUAUUGCCGAUUAUUUGAUUUGAUGCCAAUUGGAGCACUAAUUAAUAACACAGUAUUGUGUGUACAUGGUGGCCUGUCUCCGGACAUCGGUACAAUCGAUCAAAUGAGAACAAUUGAACGUGAUCAAGAAAUUCCUCACACAGGAGCAUUCUGUGAUUUAAUGUGGUCAGAUCCCGAUGAUAUUGAAUAG